GUCUACUCAGGCCGCUACUUCAAUGAGGAAACGACGAAGCGUUAAACCGACGAGCAGUAGAAUAGCUCGAUCAGAAUGCAGCGACUUCGCUUAGGGGGUUUGAGUAAAUAUCACGCGUGCGACUCGUAAUCGUUUCUAUUAUCGAGCAUCCUGUGGGUACUGACACGGCCUCCGUCACAGAAGUAUUGCCUAAAAUUUUAUUUAGUUGGCGAAAAUAAAACAGCAACGAUAGCGAGAUUGCUAGGUGCGCUAUCGGACCAAUGUUUGCCAAGUUACUGCCAGAAUGAAUUGUUACAACUGCUAUCUGCUGUACUGGUUUUUUUUGCUGAGUUCGCUCAUCAUAGUGAUCGCCGUCGCAGUUGCCUGCGGUGCGGGAGCAGUCAUGUUCAUCAGUACGAAGUUAGGUCAAGCGCAGAUCAGGGAUGAACUCUCGUUAAUUAAUACCACUGCAAUCCUCGUUCUUAUAAUAAGCUGCCUUGUUGUAUUCGUGAUUUUAUGGGGCUUCUAUGGGGUAUGCUUUGGAGCCCGUCUGGUGCUCGUGUCCUAUAUGAUCCUAAUGGUACUUCUGGUCAUGGCCGAAGUAGUCCCUAUCGGUCUCUUAUGGAUUUUUACAAAUAAAAAGGUACUGGCCAAGGUUGCGGACGACCUAAUGAACGGGUUGCUGGCUACAGCAGAUAAACAGUAUGGGAAUGAAGCAGGUUUGAUGUGCUUAACCGUGUUGAGCGUUAUUCAGUCGAGGCUCAGAUGUUGCGGCGCGAACAGUAUAGAAGAUUAUGAUAAGUUCAACUUACAGAGCUACAAGUACUUAUGCAAGAAAGGAAAGCAGGAAGAGUUAUAUCUAGAGGGAUGUACGGUAGCCAUCAAUAGCUGGUUUAGCCACAAUACGACUUUAAUGGGCACGAUAGCUUUUGGCUCAAUCAUUUUUGAGGUGAUGACGGUUGUCCUUGCAGGGCUACUGAUUGGCAGGAUUAAGCAGGAAGCGAAGAUCGAAGCAUUCGAUGCCAUGGCAAAGCCCGCAGUGAAAUCAGAGACUGCUCCAACGAGACAGUCGAUUGCACAUCCAGAAACUUCGCCUACGAAGUCGGAGUCACCUUCAGGACUGAGAUCGAUAUCCCGAUUUAGCAGUCGAUCGAUAUCGCCGACUACUUCAAAUGCUUCCUAAACAAUGAAAGUGAGGCUAAGCACUGAACAAUUAACGGUCAUGUCUGUUGAUGUAUAAUCCCAUUUGCGAGUUACACAAAAGGAGUCUAGCUAUGCUCUCUGCUUAAUUUGCAAUGCAAUAGAAGCAUCUCGGUGUGAAUUUUUUUUGUGCAUCUAUUUCCACAUCUUCGUCUAAGACUGUUCCUCUCUGCCAAGACAUUCAUGUUAAGCAGGCCAAGUUUGUGUCUGAGGAAUAAAUGUAGCCUUU